AUGAAAUGUGGCUUUGAAGACACAAUACCAACUGCGGAUGAAACUUUCGCUUCGCAACAAUUAUUCAAAAUUUUAAAAGCAUUCGAUAAUAGUUAUUUUAAUGAACUACAUGCUUAUCAAACUCUCGAUUUUCAUGAUGAAUAUGAUGAAAUAACGGAUGAAGAAGAAAGUACCGAUGAUGAACACUCAAGUGAUGAAGAAGAGGGUAUUGACGAUUAUGAUGAAAAUCAAUCUUCGGAAAUUCAAAACAAUUUUACGUUAGAAGCGGGUGUGGGUGGGUGUGGAUGGGUGAGGGUGUGGGGUGUGGGUGUCGGUGUGGGUAUUGUCUCUUCCCACGCACACCCACACCCCGGAUGUGGGUGGGUGGUUAGGGGAAGGGAAACACCGACACCCACCCACACCCUGUACGUUUUUACUUUUCAUAAUCAGAAGUAGCAAUAAUUCUUCCAAAAGCUGCCUGCAAUCUCUAGUUUUGUAGAAAAUCCAAUAGCACAUUUAUAAAAGAAAAAAGCAAGUCUGAAAAACAAAAAUUGAGAAAGAUAUUCGAAAAAUACUGAGAUCUUCGUUCUCUAUGAUCAGUGGCGUAGCCAAGGGGGAGGCAAAUGGGCAAUUGCCCAUUUCAUUUUAAGAGUUGCCCAUUGUAAUUUUUAAAAGUAAGGCUUUGCCCAUUGAAUUUUCUAAAUUGUUUAGUUCUUU